UUUCCUCCGUCUAUACAAUAUUCUAGGAAGAGGAGCUGUGAGCCUCCAUCCCCUCCAAAUCAUGGAGUCAAGAACGUGAUACGGUCCCCAUAUGGACUGUUAUGUAUUCCGCGUUCUCAUCGGCAGACAUUAGGAAUCGAAAAGACGACAUUGCGUAAUGUGGGAACCCGAAUUCAGGGCUCAUCAGCAUGGGUGGCAGAUGAUUUACAAACCCUUUUUGGGUCACCACCUCUUUUUUUAUCUUCCCUCACGGAACCAUUUAUAAAGAAAUGUUCGUUCUCGCAUCACACGCGCUCCCUUCUUCCUUCCCCCCAUUAUCCCCUACAUGGAUACUGCUAGUGAGCAGUGGGAAAAACGCGCCCAUCUACCCGUGAACGAAUCCGAGGCCGAUGUCGCCGCCAAGCUUGCCGUGGAGUCGGACAGCUUGGAUCCUAAGGAAGCUGCGAGGCUGAAGCGCAAGAUUGACAAGAAUAUUUUACCUUUAAUGUGUCUUCUGUAUCUGAUGACAUUCGCGGACAAGACAACGCUCGGACAAUCCUCCAUUCUUGGCAUUUUAAAGGGUGCCAACCUGAACCAGACGCAGUUUAACUGGCUGGGCUCUGUAUUUUAUCUCAGCUACCUUGUCUUCGAAUACCCCCAAAGUCUUGCGCUUCAGCGAUUUCCCGUAGGAAGAUGGAUGAGUAUAAACAUCUUCAUUUGGGCCAUCGCUCUCAUCUGCCACACUGCAUGCUCGUCGUUCGGUGGCCUAUUUGCUGUCCGGUUCAUCCUUGGUGUAUGUGAAGGCGCGAUCACUCCAGGGUUCAUGAUCGUGACCUCCAUGUUCUACACGCGGGAAGAACAGACAAAACGCACCGGUUAUUGGUUCCUAAUGAAUGGUUUCGCCAUCAUCUUCCUGGGUUUCGUAGCGUUUGGCGUUCUGCACACCAGGACGGGUAGCUUCAUGCCGUGGCAAUGGUUAAUGCUCAUAACCGGCCUGAUCACUCUUAUCUCGUCUGUGAUCUUCUGGCUCUUCUUCCCGGAUUCUCCGACUACUGCACGUUUUCUUACCCCGGAUGAACGUGUCAAAGUCGUACAAAGGAUCAAGGUCAAUCAGACUGGUGUAGAAAAUAAGACAUGGAAGCGUGAUCAAUUUGUUGAAACGUUUAAAGAUCCGAAAAUAUGGAUCAUGGUGUUAUUCGCUGCGAUUGGGAAUAUCGUGAAUUCGCUUACGAACCAACGGCAGCUUAUCGUCAACCAGUUUGGCUUUAGUGACAUCCAGACCACUUUGAUCGGCUGUGUAGACGGUGUCGUGGAAAUCUUGACAAUAUGGCUGGGAAUUACCCUCGCUUCGCUUAAACCCAUCGGGCGUGGCUACGCUGGGGCUUUGAUGUAUAUAGUCGCAAUCUUGGGCGCACUGUUAGUGAAUCUACUCCCUUCGAGCAACAAGGUUGGAUUGUUGUUCUCCUAUUGGGUUUCAAUAUUCGCCAUUGCGCCAUUUCCCAUCUUCCUCGGAUGGGUAAGCGGUCUAACGUCGGGACAUACAAAACGGAUAACCACUAAUGCGCUGGUCCUCAUCGGAUACUGUGUGGGUAACUUUGCAGGCCCCUUCGUAUGGAAAAAGGAAUACCAGCCGAGGAAUCAUGUUCCAUGGUCUUUGCUCGCGGCAUGCAACUUGGCGUCUGGGAUCCUUCUUCUCAUUCUCCGGUUUAUGCUUGCCACUGAGAAUAAGCGACGAGAUAUGAAUCGGCACGACGAUACUUACGACGAUGUGUAUGUGACGCAUGUGAAUGCGGACGGAACGACGGAGGAGAGGAAAGUUGACAAGGCUUUCCUUGACCUUACAGAUAUCCAGAACAAAGAUUUCAGAUACCUACUAUAGACGAAGAUAUUUAUGAUUCGAUAUGGAUUGUAUACUUGACAUACUAGCAGCUGACUACAUGAUGGUCAUUUGCAUUGGUCGCGGUUCCGUCGCCUUUUAUUUAAUAUCAUAAGGAUAGACACCAUAAGGAAAUCCACCGAACGAACGCCCUACAAGCUGGCUUAGACAAGGUCGUUAAAUAUUCGGGUGAGUAAGGUCACGAUGAGUUUAUGUACUGGAUUGGUACGGGUACGAAUAACCAUAUAUCUACGGUUAUGAAUCAACUGCAGCUAUUUAAAGCCUUGGCGCGCGCAAUUGUAC